AUGGAAAUCACUGAUAACCAGGAUAACAAUUUCUCACCAGACCAUUUAAUCCCAGCUACUUCUAUCUCAUCCUCGUCAAAAACUAAAACUCCAGAAAUUGGGCUUUCUGCAAAUUUCAAUGAUGCCAACCAAGUUUCUGGGCAGCAGAUGGAUUUGUAUAUCCCAGUGGAAGAUGAUCAGUCCACACUAAAGAAAGGGAAGAUGCUCACCAUAACAGGGCCAGCCAAAACCUGGAAAAGAAUUGAGGUCAGGACAGGAAGACUACAAAGGGAGCCAGUCACACAUAUACCUAUUCUUAUUGACAACAUUUCUGGUUCUAAGAGGUCAGCAGAUGGAUGGGCGAUCACGCGUGUCGCGGUUAACAUCUUGGAUCAUCCGAACAACCUGGUCCAUGCGGGGUCUCAUGUCGGCCACCUUGGCUACGCACGACAGCCCAAUCUGAAGCAGCUGCACCAUCUCCUCCUCCACAUACUUAUAAUUCCCCUUUGUGAGCUCGGCAUCAAAAACCUCUGCGGUCCACUCCUCCCGAACCACGGAGCGAACCCACCUCGGCAGAUCGGAGCAGUGACGAGGCCAAAGCUGUACACGUCCGACUUUUGGUCGUUGAAGCUCAUCAUCAAGUCGGAUAUGCAGGCUUCCUCCAGGCUGAGGAGUAGUAUGUUUGAGGACUUGAUGUUCCCGUGCGCAGCCUGCUGCGCGUGGAUGUGA